UUUUAUCAGUCUGUGACCGGCAUUGAACACGAGAGAGGAAGUAAACCUCGAAUAUAGUAUUUUUACAAUUAUUUUAGAAAUUUAUAUAGUUUCUGUACUGGAAUAGUGAUAGAUAGAGUCCAUAAAAUGAUUCUAAUUGGUGUAUUUGACAUCGCGAGUUGGUGGACUAUAGUCAUCGCUUUCCAAGUAGUUGUAAUUUCUACUUACUUCUUCUGGAACAAAAAGAAGUCUAAAACCUACGAUCCUCUAUGUAACGGGAAGGCGAUAGAAUGGAACCCGAUUCCUAUAGUGGAGCAUGAUGUUACGGUAGAAGAACCUCCAUUGAUGGGAAGAAUUGAUGACAAUGUGUUGAAUGUGGGAAGUUCAAGUUUCCUUGCCCUUGACAAAGAGGAGUCUAUCAUGGAGGAUUCUUUGAAGUCUAUGGAGAAAUAUGGGGUAGGUUCCUGUGGACCUCGUGGGUUCUAUGGGACUAUUGACGUCCACUUGGAGUUGGAGGAACGCCUGGCGAAGUUCUUAGAAGUGGAAGAGACCUGUGUGUACUCAUAUGGCUUCUCAACAAUAGCCAGUGCUAUACCAUCAUACUCUAAGAAGAAGGACAUUAUUUUUGCUGAUGAACGUGUUUGGUUUGCGAUCCAGAAGGGUUUAGAUUCCUCCCGCAGUACUGUCCGCUUCUUUAAACAUAAUGAUAUGGACCACCUCAAGAAGCUGCUGUCUGAAGCUCAGCAAAAGAAGGAACUGAACCCUAAGAGACGAGCAUUCAUUGUCGCUGAGGGCAUUUACUUGAACACUGGAGAAAUGUGCCCGCUAAAGAGAUUGGUGCAGCUCGCCAGGGAAUACAAAUUGAGAAUUAUCUUGGAUGAGAGUCUCACUAUCGGGGUAUUAGGCAAAAAUGGGCGUGGCUUAACAGAACACUUGGGUGUGCCUCGCCAUGAGAUCGACCUGAUCGUGGGGUCGUUGGAGCACUCGUUCGCGACCAUCGGCGGGUUCUGCGCCGGCACACACUUCAUUGUCGAACAUCAGAGGCUGUCUGGACUUGGAUACUGCUUCAGCGCGUCCCUACCACCGAUGCUGACCCAGGCUGCCAUCUCAGCCCUCAACGUGAUCGAAGGCAAGCCCUCCAUCGUUGGAGAGCUGAUCGAGAACUCUAAGAAACUUAAUAGUGCCCUCUCCAAGCUGAAGCACUACAAGUUCCGAGGUGACGAGGUCUCGCCGAUAAAGCACAUAUACCUCAAGAAGGACGACUUAACAGACAGACUGAAACACUCCUACCUUCGUAAUAUUACCAACUACUGCCUAGAAAAAGGUGUCGCCAUGACACUAGCCGCGUACAUCCGUGAUGUAGAAAUCAAUUGUCCAGAACCUUCCAUCCGUUUAACAAGCAGCAGAAAACUUACAGAUGAUACCAUCAGCUUAGUAUGUUCGUUACUAGAUGAGGCCUACGAGAAAGUAGGUCCCAAACCUGAACUACAGCCUGUGUAGAGCGAUACCAUUGCCUCAACUUUAUAGUCUAUGGCAAUUUAGGCGGGAAGUACAAUUUUUUUUUGUUUCUUUUUUCUAUCUUUUUGUUGUAAGAGUAAUUGUUUUUUUGUGUAAAUGUGUAAGCAUUAAUAGAAAGUUGUUACACACAUCAGAAUAAUAUUUUUCACUGCAUUUAAGGAGCGAAUAUAGGUAAGAACUACAUUAUUAUUAUUAUAAGUUUAAUUUGGUAGUUAUAUAAUGCUAAGUAACAAUGCAAUAGCACAUUCAAUGAAAUUAUAUUUGUUUUAUAUCUACUAUGUUCAUGGAACAGAUUCUACUUUAUAUUUUAUUAGGUCUCCAGUAAGAAAAACCUUAAAUAUUUUUAAUUUAUUUAAUUUAGGGCAACACUAAUAACAGAAGCAAGGAUUGGCUACUUACUUAGAGGAUUUAUUUUUGUAACUUUUAUUAUUUUAAACUUCGAAUUUUAGUGUAUAGAUUAUCCAAUGAAGCUUAU